CCUGCAUGCGGGGAUGAGGCCUCCAUCACCCGGGGAUGCUGGGCAGACUGCAGGGGCCAUGUGCUUUCGCAGAUUAGUAUCUGGUAGACCUAGUGUACUGGCCGAAGAUCAGGGAUGGAAAGAAUGGAACCGACUACAUUACAACACUAUCGAACAAAAUUGGUUCAAGGACUUCAACACCGUUGAAUCAAUACAUAUUCAGCUGACGUUUAACCAGCCCCAUGUGAUCACAGGAGUCGCCACACAGGGCGUCGCCACGUGUGGCUCCAGCAGUUCGAGUUGCUCUGUCGAAAACUUUACACUCCUAUACGAAGAUGGCCCAUCGGGGACCUAUGUUACGGCAGGGACAUUCGAGGCCGUAGUGAGUAGAUUGGACGUGACCACGCCAAGGGUCAACAUGCUUCAACCUCACAUCACCACAGCGAAGCUGAAAUUUAUGGUGAAAAGUUUUGUUACUUUCCCGGUACUUAAAGUAGAAGUCCUUGGAUGCAGCGUAGCAGAACACGAGGCCAUGCCAGCAAAGUUGAAUCACUGUUACUUGGAUGACGUCAACAGUGAGAGUUUUACGGAUAUCGGCGGCAUAAGCGCCCACGUUCAUCACUGCGAGUCCGCCUGCAAGAAGCACAGCUUCUAUGCUAAAGAUCCGUCAGUCCCAAACAAAUGCUGGUGUGUGCGUGGUCCCUUCGGCACAUACGGCCAAGUAGAACCUGACAACGACUCGUGCUGCGUGUCGCCGUUCAAUAAUGGAAACAUAACAGGAAGGUUCAUCUACGUGGCUGGUCAAGGGACACCUCCGGAAUUGAAUGCUGAAUGCGCAGAGCAUGUGACAACAUACCCAGCAACAACACACCCAGCAACGACACAACCAACAAGGACACUACCAGCACCGACACAACCAGCAACGACACAACCAGCAACGACACAACCAGCAACGACACAACCAGCAACGACACAACCAGCAACGACACAACCAGCAACAACACAACCAGCAACAACACAACCAGGAACAACACAACCAGCAACGACACAACCAGGAACUACACAACCAGCAACGACACAGCCAGCAACGACACAACCAACAACAACACAACCAGCAACGACACAACCAGGAACUACACAACCAGGAACUACACAACCAGCAACAACACAACCAGCAAGGACUACGACAGCAAAACCAAAGAUACCACGUAAUGUUUGACUUUGGCAACAAUCGAGUAGUACAAAACUUAGAAAUCAAUGCAGUUGAGAUCCAUAGCGAAGUUUAUAUCCAUUAAGAAAUUCGUUAUCUUCUGUACAGCCUUGUUGGUACAAACAGUUAUAUUUGGUAAAGCUACCUAAUAAUGCAUCUAGCUUGCCUACACCUUUAAAUGACAACCCUGUUGCUUACCGGUGCGAAAGCGACCAGCAAUGCUGCCAGUAAAAUGCUUUGGCAACGUGAUGGCAUUAUUGCGUAACUUCCCCAAUGCUAUAAGGAGUGAUAGUUAUGUGGAGAUGGCAUACAUCAUUCAUCAAAUCUCUUGUUAGAUCUCUACUUGGUUAUAAUUAUCAGCUCUUUGCAAGACACACUGCAAAAAUACCAGGGACGUGAUGAUGACACAGUAACCGGUAGGUGCAGAUCUCAUACUGAUGAUUAUGAAUUUUUCUAUACUCGAUUGCCCUUACCUAUUAACGUAGGAUCGUGUGAGAUGAAUUGAAUUUACUUCAUUCCAUUUUUACUGCCGCUGAAAAUUUAUAGAACUUAUACAUUUGGCUUUGCAUGUUCAUGAAUGAAUAGCAUGUCUGUUAUUGUCCCAAUUCCUCAUUAAUUUUUUCCUAUACAUUUCGCUGCUCAAAACGUGUGCAAAGCCGUUGCAUGACAUCUAGCUUGUGCCCUUUCCCUGUGUCCUCGUGUGGAAGAAUAAUAGGUGGAGCGUGUAAUGUGGUUGCAGAAACAGUUAUCAUUGCAUUACUGUAUGCAGAGUGUGGUUACUAAUUUAAGGAAGUGGUUAGCAACAGCUAUAGUGUGGUCAGUAAUAGUAAAGGAGUGGUACGUGACAAUAAGAGUGUCGACUAAUAUAAAAAGCAUGAUUUUAGAACAGGUAGAAAUUCUUGACAUUUCUCAUUAAAGGAAUAUUUGCGAGAUUCUUGCUAAAUCCGAAUAAAAUAUAACAAAAUAUA